AUGGAAUUCCACGCAGUGAUCCUCUGUGGUGAGGGGAAGGCAUUGAGUCCGUUUUCGAAAGUCAGAGCCACGGGGACUGCGAAGGCUCUUUUACCCAUUGCAAAUAAGCCAAUGAUCGAAUAUGUUCUCGAUUGGUGUGCCAAAGCAUUUUUUCCCAAAAUUACAAUAAUCUGUGACGAGACGUCUGGCCAAGAUAUAUUGGCAGCGUUAGAUUCUUAUAAGUCACGAGUAUCUAAGAAUGAAGGCGAAGAUGAGUCAAGUCAGGGCUUUCAAUUCUUGGAUCUGAUCAAGGUUAUGGAGCUGGAGACGGCUAGCUCUGGCGAGAUUUUGAGACUUCUCACGAAAAGUGAUAUUCUAGAGCCGUACGAGCAUUUUGUUCUUUUGCCUUGUGACUUCAUCACCAACCUACCACCUCAAGUGCUCAUCGAGGCAUACAGGUCUCGACAAGAUAAGGCCGUGGGGAUGGUUUGCUACUACAAGAAUCAGCUAGACAUUGAGGAUAAAAAACACAAAAUUUUCCCAAAGAACUACACGAUGUUUGCUGAAAUACCAUCCGGACAGUCACAGCUUUUGGACUACUACUCUGCAGAGGAUGUCGACUUUCACAAAGCCUUGAAGAUCAGGACACAACUAGCAUGGAACUACCCGGAGACCACAGUAAGUACAAAGUUACUCAAUAGCUCCAUUUUCUUCGGGUCUGCUGCAGAGAUCUCGAAGCUCUUUGAUACGUACCCAGAGAAGUUCACAAAAAUAUACUUCUCCAGCAGAGCUCUCAUAAAGGUCAUACGUGAUCUAGCGAGAUUAUCAUGGCAAAAAACUUCUUGCUCGAAGACGAUUGAUAUUAUGCUUGUGCCUCCUCAAGCCCACUUUACUCGUUCCAAUAAUUUGCCUGUUCUCUUGGAGUCCAAUAGACACUACUUAAAGUUGCAUGCUCAAUUCAAUGCUGCUAGAAAUCUGGGUCCAAAAGAUAAGACUGCUGCUAAUGUGGGAGCAGAUGCGAUGGUUGGCGAGAAUUGUGAGCUUGGAGAGAAGACCAACGUCAAGAGGACUGUUAUCGGAAAUAAUUGUAAGAUUGGAAAGAGAGUGAAGCUCACAGGAUCUAUUAUUCUUGAUAAUGUUUCUAUAGAGGAUGAUGUUGCUUUGGAAAACUGCAUUAUUGGUCAUGACGUGAUCUUGAGGUCGAAAUCAAAGUUGGUCAGUUGCUAUGUCGAGUCCACUCAUGAGGUACCCAAAGGUACACAGGCUAAGGGUGAUACGAUAUUGUGUUUCAGCUUAGAUGGUAUCGAUGUUGAAGAUGAAUCUGCUGUCGAAUCAUCUCUGGACGAGUCGUCAUCAGGGAGUAGUUAUGACGAUGAUGAGUACAACUACGAAUAUGGCGACAACUCUGACGGCUUGUUCGCUUAUUAA